AUGGAUAUUUUGGCAAUCAUCAUUCGGACACCUCGCAAACAUAAGUAGAAGUGAAGAUCCUCAUAUUGUUUGAGUUGGCACUUGGCGCUGUCUUGUUGAGGAAAAAGCGGAGAUAAUAUUCUCAGAAGCAACCAAAGCUAAAGCCUUUUUCCAAUCUCUCAAAGCAAGCCCCCGUAAUUCAAUCAGAUUCCUCUCUUUGUUUCAUCGUAAAUUCUCUAGCUUUUUCUUUGCAAGUAUAUAUUUGUAGGCUUUUGGAAUUUUGAUUUUACAAGGCUUUUGUUUUCUUCUGAGUAUUCGGGUUUGUAGCUUUCUUUCUGGUGAAAAAUGGCUUCAUAUUCAAAGAUGCACACUUUCGAAGAGGUUGCUAAGCACAACAAAACCAAUGAUUGUUGGCUGAUUAUUUCUGGGAAGGUAUAUGAUGUAACUCCAUUCAUGGAUGAUCAUCCUGGAGGCAGUGAAGUUUUGCUGUCAUCAACUGGGAAGAAUGCCACAAAUGAUUUUGAAGAUGUGGGCCACAGUGAUUCCGCAAGAGAAAUGAUGGAAAAAUACCACAUUGGAGAGAUUGAUUCCAAAGCUGUUCCGACUAAGCACACCUACAUCCCACCACAGCAAACUCCUGUCAACCCCGAUACAACCCCUGAGUUUGUCAUUAAGAUCCUACAAUUUCUUGUACCCCUCUUGAUUCUGGGCUUGGCUAUUGCAGUACUUUCAAUACACUAAGAAAGAGUAGCUUAUUACUACACACAGGAGUUUACCCGUUUUGAGGGGUCAAUUGGUGGUGUCAUCUAUUAGUUGAAAAGGGCAGUCGCAUCUUUUGUUUAAUUUCCUUUUAGUUUUUGUGUGUCAAGCUGCAUACUGGUUCAUAAUGUGGUCCAUUAAUACUAUACUGAGUAACUUUGAGCUCCCAUAGUUUAUUACUACACUGGAGUUUACUCGUUUUGAGGGGUGAAUUGAUGGUGUCAUCGGUUAGUUGUUUGUUUAAUUUCCUCUUUUGGCGUUUGUGUCAAACUGAAUACUGGUUUAUAGUAUAGUCCAUUGUCGAAGACAAUGCUUUAUUGAGCAUCUUUAACGCCCAUUUAUGUCUGCAUUGAGACAAGACAAUGUGUAAAUUUGUUGGGAAUUAAAAGCAGGAGCAUGUUUUUAUUCCUUUGUGUUAUAUUCCUUUUUCGUUUCCCAGCUGGAAUGGCAAUGAUCUAACACACAAGUUUCUGCCAUUUUAAAGACUACUAAAGGGCUUUCUCACCGAGGGACAAGGGAGGAGGUGUAUCACAGAAUUUUUUGUCGAGAACGUGCGGUCCAACCCCGUUUGGUUUUGACCAACGAAAGACUAUGGGCUUUUUGACUUUUAACUAAGAAAGAGCCCUAUAUGAUAAAAAGAUGGGUGCGACCCGAUUUGGUUUUCGCAUGGAAAAGAAACAGUGUGAUGCCGAAAAGAAGAAAGAACCGAAAAAGAAAGAGAGAAUGAAAAAAAAAAAAAAAAAAAAAA